AGCUCAGUCAAACCCAAAAUGGCAACUAUGGAGGGCCCGGAGCAGCAGGCUGGCUCGUGUAAUGCAGAAAGACUAGUGCGUGUAGGCUACUAUGAGUUCGAAAAGACAAUUGGGAAGGGUAAUUUUGCAGUAGUCAAGUUAGCGACACACAAAAUAACUCAGUCCAAGGUUGCCAUCAAAAUUAUUGACAAAAGUAAAAUAGACGCAGAUAAUUUAAGAAAAAUCUUGCGAGAAAUAGAGAUCCUGAAGAAGUUGAGACACCCGUACAUCAUCCGGCUAUACGAGGUGAUGGAAACAGAGAGAAUGAUCUACUUGGUCACAGAGUAUGCCAGCUGCGGGGAACUUUUCGAUUAUGUAGCGAUGCACGGCAAGAUGAGGGAGCGGGAGGCACGGACAAAGUUCAUGCAGAUUGUGGCGGCGCUGCGGUAUUGCCACAAGCAGGGCAUUGUACACAGGGAUCUCAAGGCAGAGAACUUGCUACUAGAUAAAGAUUUAAAUAUCAAACUUGCAGAUUUUGGGUUCAGUAAUUUCUACACACCAGGCGUCUUGCUGUCCACAUGGUGUGGCUCUCCGCCCUACGCCGCGCCAGAACUCUUUGAGGGGAAGGAGUACGACGGUCCCAAAGCUGAUGUCUGGAGCCUGGGAGUCAUACUGUUUGUGUUGGUGUGCGGGUACCUGCCUUUCGAUGCCAAAACCUUACAAACCUUAAGGUCUAUUGUGGUUGCUGGCAAAUUUAGAAUACCUUACUUUAUGUCCUCAGAUUGUGAUAACCUAAUAAGGAAGAUGCUGCAGGUGGACCCAGAGAGAAGAGUCAGCAUAGAGAGAAUAAUGCAGCACAGGUGGAUAACAAUGGAGGGCCUCGACUCCAAGAUCAGGGAAAUCCUACAGAAAUACAACAGUGACGACUGCAACCGGUUGCUGCCCGACAACGACCAAGUGUUGGAGCACAUGAUGCGCAUUAUUCCCAACCUUGACAGAGAGGAAAUAUUAAAGUGUGUGCAUGGGAUGAAGUUUGAUCACAUUAGUGCCAUAUACCACCUCCUGGAAGAACAGGUGGCCGAGGCAACGCAAGCUCCUUCCUCGACCCCUGCCAUCCCCCUCUACCCCCAGACCCUCCCAGUCAUGUCUGCCCAUCACAGAAAGUCAUCCAUCACAACAGGGUUUGUCGACAGAAGUCCUGUGUCGGACGCUGAGGACACCACCCAAGUCACUGUGCCUCUCUUCUCGUGUUCCCCGGUGCCCCAGAACCUGCCAGCCCUCCAGGACCCCUACCAGCCAUACUUGGAGAAGUACCGGGAGUUAGAAAUCAGUGGAGAGUCGGACACAGAGGAGCCGAGCCAGCAGACGGUGGACAAGUAUCUAUGCUCCCGGAGACACACGGUGGGGCCGGGAGACACGCACCAUGAGGAGGAUAUAUACCGCCCGGCGUGCGGUCGUCCUCAAGGCGCUAAGGUGAUGGAGGCACACAUGCGGGGGAACCUGCAGCUGCUUGCCCCUGGAGGUGUUGGGGUGAUGAGUGGCUACCAGACACCUCCCAUGUCCCUCCUUCCUCAGACCAACCUGCCUCAGAACCUGCCACUGGUACAAAACUAUCCUCCACAGAACUUCUCUAUCAAAGACCAGCACCUCUUAAAGCCUCCGCCAUUCAUGCAUGCAGCUGGUGGCUUGGGCCGGCGAGCGUCAGAUGGGGGAGCAAAUCUUCAGGUGUACUUCCAGUGCCACCUGCCUGAGGGGGGACUGAGCCAACCCAAUAGCCAUGAACAGAUCACAAAGAUUGGCCUGGUCCCCAGUAACCUUGGGGGGCACUCCCAGCCGCUGCCUCAGCAGGAGGAUGACCUGCUGGCUCACCGAGACGAGGAGAUUGACCCCAGCGACGUUGCCCACUACAUGUCGGCGCGGGGAGCCAGCCAGAGGGUGACGCUGCCCCUGGUGAACCCCAAGGACCCACAGGAAGCCCAGAGGAAGAUGCCGCCCAAUCGUCACCGCAAGACUGGCCUGCCCAUGGUGACUGAGCGACCCCCAGUCAUCAACCCGCAGCUCAGACUAGAGGCUGAGGCGCGGAUGCAGAGGGACUACAUGACCUCCCACCUGCAGACCAUGUGUAACAAUGCCAGCAUAAUGGGAAAGACCCACACCGGAAGCAUCACUUCAGGCACCUCAGGCACUGGCUACGCCAUCAUGCCCAGCAUCAUGACAGGCACCCCCCAUCCUUCCUCCCAGGCCAGGCGCUUCUCCAACCCCUCUUCCACCCCCCCACAUGGCCUGGCCAGCCACCCCUACUGUGGCUAUGGCUGCUCCUCCCCUCCCAUCCAGCUCACCACCAGCACCUCAUCUUUCACCUCCUACUCCUCCUCUCCCUCCUCCUCCUCCUCCUCCCUGCCCUCCUCCUCCCACCACCCAACGCCUUCCUCAGGCAUUCCGUCCCAUAACAACAACAUCAACAACAUCAACAACAACAACAACAACAACAAUUCCUGGCCAAAGCACAGAGAACGCACUCGAAAGACUGGCCUCCCAACGGUCCUGGAAAAUAACUGGGCCGUGUCAUCCCCUUCCGAGGCAGCUGAUAGCACCACAGUGGGUCGGGACAAUUACAAGGACUCAAUCUACCUCACCUCCGAACGCUACUCUCCUGGAGGAACCACCGUGCGCCGCGCCUCAGACUCCGCCACAUUCAGCCUUUCCAACAUAAAUCAGGAAUUCCAGAAACUUCAGAAGCACAGCGGGUUGACAGAUGCAGCCACACAGGCGGAGUUGCAGCGCGGCCACUCGCUCCACUGGAUGGGUGCCACCUCCUCACCCACACCAGGCCAGCAUGGGGGGGCCUCUCCUGCUCCCGGAAUCAUCUCCCCCUGCCCACCAGUGUCCAUCCUUGCCGGGUCACCCUGUCGGUCCCCCCUGCCAUCCUCCCCCAGCCCACACCACCAACCAGCUCUGCAACAACGCAUUUCCCCGGCCCCUUCAUCUCCAGUUCCUCCCACCACGCCGCCUUCUAUACCAAAUUCCCCUCUACACCACAGCGGAAGUAGCAUAGAAGGCACAGCUCUCAGCCUAAGUCGACUACACCUGCAGCCCCCAUCCUCACCGGCUGGCCCUCGUAGUCCCUCGCACCGCCAGUCUCCCCCACUGGCCUUGUCUCCACAGCCUUCCUCCCCCAUCGCCCUGCUGAGUCCUGGCGUGCCCCUGUCCCCGCCCUCCUCAGGCCUCAUUCCACGCUCGGGGCCAUCGCCGCCUCCCCUGGGGCUGGACUGCAUUCGUGAGGAGCCUCCCAAGGGCUGCCACAUCACCCACAACGUCCCACAGAACAUCUACACCUUCGCACAGAACCCUCAGAUCUCCAUAACAGAUGAGAGUGGGGGCCACGUCAUCAUCGCCUCGUCCUCCGACUCCUCCCCUGAUGUGUCGGAUGACAUGGACUCCUCACCCUUCCCGUCGCCACCCACGCCGGACCACAUCCCACGGCUGCCCCACCAUUCCCCACAGCGACUGUCCAAGGGCCUCAGCCUGGACUCCUCACCCCUGCCUUGUGUGCGUGACUGUGACGCCGAGGGGCCGUCUAUAACCCGUGGUACAGCGGGCCUCCCAGCGUCACGCAGACCCUCAGCCACAGACAACAACAACGUCCACAGAAUCCGUAACGAACGAAACUUAGUGAGACAAAAUGCAAUUGCAGGGAUUCAGCGGUACCCCAUGUUGAUCACCACCAUGGAGUUCAGACACAGCUUCCCUCCGUACAGCAACGGGGGAGUGGGUGAAAGUGACAUAGAAAUGACUGACAUAAGUACUGCAGGGGACCAGUCACCCCUGGUGGAGCGCAGUGUGAUAGAACUGGAGCUUCCCAAGACUGGGAGUGGCUCUUUUCUGCUGGACCUGCCAACUAAGUGGUCAGGCAUGGCACAGGAAGACUUGUUAGGAAGCAUUAACCACAUCAUAGAAAGUCGGGCUCCCUCCAUCGUCCGGGAGGGUGUCCGAGACUGUGGCCUGUCGGUGCGGGACUCCACUGGGGCCCAGGUGGACUUGGAGGUGCACGAGGGGUCUGCUGCAGACUCCCGGGCACUCAAGAUGCGUAGAGUGUCGGGAGACGAGGACCAGUACACACAACUCUGCCAACAGUUAAUUGAAUGCAUGACAACCUAAUGUUAAUGGUGUCAGUGUGCCCAGGAAGUGUUAGUGAACGUGCUUCAGCGUGUGUGCCCAAGACUUGAGAGUGUGCGUAGUUCAGGAAGACAGAGGCCCUAAGUAGUCCAUUUCAAGUCUAUAGUUUCUUGAUGACAGCAGCAGCAGUGAACACAGACACAACUUGGCCGGCUCCCAUUUCCCCAAUUUGCAGUGUGAAAAGUGUUGCCACUUGGCAGAGUACUUUAGGCUUCAACUUUCUGACUGCACCACUAUUAUCAUAAUGUUCAUUUGUUGAAAUAAUUAAAUUCUACUUCAAAUCUCUCUAAAUAGACAGGAAAAAAUAUAUUAGUAUUUUAUUUAUAUAUUUUUAAUUGAUAGAAAGUAUUAUAAUAUUUCAUAUAGGUACUCUAAUGUCUGUCUGUUUAGUAACAUUUCUAAGUUAUGUUUGUGUAUGUAUGUUGUUACAUAAUACUAAUGUAUUUCACAUUUAGAUGUUAUAAUAGUUGGUAAGGAUUUCUCAUUGUCUUUCAAGAUUUAUCGCCAUCAGUUUCUUUCAGAAUCUUACAACUAAAGAUGACAUUGCUGAAGAACAGAACUGUCUACAAUUAAGUGCAUAUUAUAUCCAAUUAAUUCUUUACAAGUUGCCUUCUGGACUGCAUUCCAUUGUUGUGGUUAAUCUAUUCUAUAAUAUUCAAGUUCCAUGUAUAAUAAAUGCCGAAAGUCUGCAGGAAGUAUAAAGGCUUAGUGUUCGAAGCACCAUUUAAGAGUUUACACAAAGUGAGUGUUUCAGGUGUUACCCGUGUGUGGAACUUGAUGUUUUCUGAGGUCACCCAGAAAGCCAAGCACUUGGAAAUAUUAUAUCCAUGUUGUUAGGAUGAACUUCAUUGAGCACAUCGCCAGAAACAACCCCAACCUGAAUCUGAUUUGUGGCAGGAGUUUGACAGCACAAAUAUUUGUAGACACAUUGAGGUAGAAGUUACUGGUAUUCUGACCAAGUGUUGUUGUGGCCUGAGAACGUAUUCACUGUAAAUUUACAAUGGAGAGCUCCUUGUUGACCAAUCUGUAAAUGAGUUGCUAAUGAAAUUAAUCCUGACAACAUUAGGCCAGGUUUGUGUGUGCAAUAAUGCACUAUGUGUCGCUCCAAGCACAACCGUUCAUUGGCAGGGUUGGGCUCACAAAAUUGAGAGAGGGACAUGUAGAGCAUCACAGUAGCCAUUGUUUCCAGUCACUGUCACUACAAUGACACAAAAUAACUGCUUACUAAAAUUUUGGGAUCAUACCUUUUGAUGUUUCAGAUUUUUGGAGACCAUCUAAUUGUUCUGUUUAUGGCAUAGACUUGGCCUGAAGUUUUUUGCUCUUGAUAUUUCCAUUACUUUUGGAGGAACCCCCUUGAAAGUGCCAACUAAGUAUUUCCUCUGUGGGUAUCACUUAGCCGCAACUGCAUGAACCUUUAGGCAAUAUAUAAUCGACCCCCAUUACUCCAACACCAGCGUUUGGCCAAGACACUCCCUGCUCUGCCCAGUCGAAGCAGCUGGCAGGCGGAAGCUGGAAAUUGAUUUUGACGAACAAUUAAGGACACUGUUUUGUAUAAAUUAGAAUGGUGUUGGACUAGUGAGGGGAGGUAAUCUUGUGCUAACCUAGGCAACUUUUGAAGACUUGGUGCUAUCGGAGGGGAGUGAGGAGUGAGCGUGGUGCCAGUUGGUGCGUUGAAUGUGUCCAUGCCACUAUCUUUGGCUUGCUAGUCACCCGUUACUUUGGAACUGUCAGACUUCCUGUGGGAGAAACAGCUGGUUCAUGACUUGGAAUAUUUUUUUAGACUACUCGUGUGUAAAUGCCGGUUAAAUUUUGUUACAUAUUGUUUAUCUAAGUGAUAUAUUAAAAAGUAGCUUAAGGAACAGCUUUCACACCAAUGAAAAUCUUUUAAUCUUCACUUCAGUUUCUAGUAAUUGAUGAUGUUUUUAAUUUUAGAAUUUAUGCUUCAGAAAUUGCUUCUCCCCUUUAUCCCUUCAUUUAGUACUAAUGAUUUCAGAAAAACAAGCAUGCAGAAGUUUGUCAUAAACUUUGUGCUUCGUCCAGGGAGGGCAUGUGUAGCAGGCAGGGAGGUCACUGUGCCCCAGGUUGGCCUGGCACCAUGACCUGCCUUGGUCUGCCUGACCUGUGUGUGCAGGACCUGGACACGUUUUGAAGAUUUGAGUCAAUAUUGAGUACUUGUGUAAUGGUAUAGGUGAGUUUUGUAAGUGAGGCAGUGAGUGGGUCAGAGGGGAGAGGCAAGGUGCAGACAGCAGCCCUGACAGGGACCAAAGCUCAAAAGUGUGCAGUAGAGUCAGCCACCUUGCCCGGGCAUGUGGCAUGGCUAGGUCAUGGCAGGAAAAUGUUAUUUUUGUUAAAUUUUUAUUGUGUAAUAACUAUAGACUUGGUGGUGUGGAUUGAAGAGGAGAUUUGGGCAUUAGAACAGUGGGAAAGAUUAUAUUGACAAUUACAUGUCUGUAUUCCAUGGCGGUGUCUUUGUGUCUGUCAGCAUGGGUAUGUGGUGAUGCAGGGAAGUGCAGAGGCAAGGAGGUGUGGCCGUGCUGUGCAGUGUGAUGACGUAGGCAGGUGUGGUGGUGCUGCGUGGUGUGGCCGUGCUGCGUGGUGUGGCUGCUGCACAAAGCUAUACAGAUGCUCAAGAGUCACAUGGAUUGGCAGGUGCUUAACACAAAGGAAAUCAUGCUCAUAGGGACAGAAAAUGCUAAAAUUUACACUGCAUUGUACCAAAUACGUACAUAUAUAACAUGUAUCUAUAGCAUGGGGGGAGGGGGCAGGCUGGCAUAUAGUACUUGGAAAAUUCAUAUAUACCAUUAUAUAUAUAUGUAUGUAUAUGCAUUAUCUUCCUCCACAUAAUCACUACUAAUAUUCAAGCUGAGUUAUGAAAUUGUUUGACUGCAUAGUAAUAUUGUCUUCAAAAUGCUGUUGUUCGCAUUUCACGUAGUCCAUCCAUGCAGUAUUCCUCACGUAUUGCAAGUGGUAUUACAGGAAACCAUUUUGGCUGUGUUAAGAUGCAAUAUAGAGUAAAUGCUAUUGAAUUUAAUAUGCAAAAUAUACCAUGAAAUCAACAGUGGAAAAAAUUGAUUCUGUACAAAAAAGAAAAAAAAAAGAAACCAUUAUUACAUUAUGACUGUAAUUAUUUUCUUUUGAUAGAGAAUGCUUUUGGAUCAAGCAUGGACAGGCCGCUGGCACGAGGUGGACUACAUGUUCAAUUGUGAUGUGAUGUGGUGGUGGUAGUGAUGAUGAUGAUGAUGAUGAUGAUAAUGAUGAUGAUCUCUCAUUAAGCAGCAGCAGAAAACUGUUCCAGGAAGCAUUGGUUCUAUGCAUUGGGUUCCCUUUUGACCUGUGAAAGGCAUCAUUGCUGGAAUGAGCACAUCUGUCUUCAAGGUGGAUGCUUCUCCAUUUCCAAAGUUUUGCUACAGUAUGAGGUGUUCCUUGGUGGUUUACCUUCCAAACUGCAGAGGAAUGGCUGGGCAGUGUUCACAGUGGUGUGGACUUUUCACCAUUAUUGGCCUUGUUUCUUCUAAAUCAUCAUCCUGUAGUGUAUUUUACUGUGCCAAAAGUACAAUUAGUGACCAGGAGAGUGUUGCAUGCUGAGUGGGUCGCCAGACAGCUGGAGAGAAGUCUGAACAUUGUAAUCCACACAACAUCACUGUACCUUUGUGACCACAAGCCUUGUGACUGUAAACCUUAGAGACUCGAGGCAAACACACUGGAUGACUCCAUCCAUUGCUGCCAUGAACACUACUGAAAAUGUUGCCAUUCAUUGGACAUCUGAACUGUGAAAAUAGGUUUGUUUGAAGACAGAUGACUUUACCUCAUUAGCCUAAACUCAGAUAACAACUGUGGUCCACAAAAUUAACUGUUUCCUCAACUGGUGUGUACAUUGGUGCAGCAAGGCAGGAAGCGGCUGGUGUGUUUGUCCUGAAUCUCUCAUUGUGACAGUAUUACCAGCUUACCUUCACACAAUCUGGACAGGUGUGUUAUGUAAAUUGUUUCACUGCAUUUUUUUUUUCUUUUAUGUAUAUCAUGCUGAAUCAGAAUGUGACUCACAGUACAUUUGUAAAUGAGUGCAAAACAUUGUGUUGGAAACUAAACUUUUUUUUUUAAUGAAAUGCUUGAUGUGGUUCAUCAAAAUUUAUAUUUUGCAGGUGACAUUGUGGAGGAAUUCUAUUAUGAUUGAGACAAUAUAGAAACCAAGAACUGUGUUUGUUAUUUUAUGUAUAGUAUCACUAUCUAAAAUAAGAGUCUUGUGUUGUCAUGUGUUGAAAAUUGACCGCAAUGGGUUGAGUGAGUCCUGAGCUUGUUUGCAUUCAGGUAUCACAAUUAUAGAAAUUGAUUCAGUGAAAAUUUUAUACAAACCUUUUGUUAAGCCAAGCUAGUGUUUUGUAAAAGCUGUAUGUUGUAUUGUAAAACUAUUCUCAGAUCUGUUAAUAACUCUAGUGACAGUUGGCUAUACUUCUUCAGUGGUUGACAUUGUACCUAAAACAAGAAAACAUUGGGGUAUGAACCGAGUGACAUUGUUUGUACAGUUAGGCGCAGGAGAGAAGUAUACCACUUACCCAACAUUUGAACAAUUAUGAUGAGCAAUUUCCUUUGUCAUUAUUGUUACUCUUCAUCUUCAGUUUGAACAAAAAGCGUUGGCCAAACUUUGAAGUUAACACAAGUCACUAUGAAGUUGCCUGUCUUGUACUCUUGUGUCUCUGAGCCGCAGGUGUUGCCGCAGCUCAGGUGUCAUCUGAACCGUGUGAUGUGAGAAGGUGCACAAACUGGUGGUGGCCGUGUGGCGGGCUGCCCCGCCCCGCCCCACCACCCCACCGCCACCCUACCCGAGCAGUGCAUUUCACUCGCCCUCCCGCACCGCAGCGCUGCACGUAAAGAGUUGCAGAGAAAGACAAGCACUGGCGCUGAUGGAGCCAGACAGCUGACAUUGGACGUCACAAAGCAGCGCUGGGGGGGAGGCGGACACGGCUGUGGGACGUGCGGUUGAAACGCACCACUCCAAAAGUGAAUCAUUCCACCUCACUCAUUUCAAUAGUUUCUUAUGCUCACUGAAUAUGUACAUACUUUAAAGAAGUCUAUUUAAACUAUAAAUCUGUGAUUUUAUUAUCUUCAAGAGUCAAAAUAUAUAAUUAUAUCAAAUGGAA